AUGACUCUCCUCGACGAGUACUACCGCAAACGAACACAGCUCAUUGCAGAUGAUCGGGCCCUUCGUGUCGAUGCGGUCAAUGGAGAUCGCUUCUCUGAAAAAUCGCGACAAGCAGAUGUGAUCUUACGUCGCAUUCGCGAGGAGGAGGCAAAGUCGAUUUGGGCAGUAGAGCAUGAAGAGGUUCCUCACCCGUUCCCGGGAAUGGAGUUCCUCACAGGAAAGGACAUCAUCCUCAAGACUCAACUCUUCAAUAUCAUCACCAAGAUGCCCAAAGGCGCGCUGCUGCACGUACAUCUUGAUCUCACUGUCAAUGGCAAUACCCUGCUGGCGCUCGCCUUACAGUACGCCUCAAUCCAUAUCCGCGCAUCAACACGGGUCACGCCUGAUUCCAUCAAAUCUGUCGAGCUCGAAUUUCGUCCUCUCCCACCCAGCUUCGUUCCACAGUGCAUCUCGCUGUGUCUACCCACCUAUAAACCAGGACAGUGGAUACCCCUUCGCCGUGCGCGUGAGCAGUUCGAUGCUGCCCUGGGUGGCACACAAGCCUUUGACCGCUGGGUCGCAAGCUGCCUCACAAUCAAUCCAAGCGAUGCAUAUAUCACACAUAAUAAUAACAUCAGGAUAUGGGACAAAUUCCGUGCAGCUGCUACACUCACACGCAACUUGGUGUACUUUGCCCCAGUUUGGCGCGCAUAUAUCCGGCAAUUCCUCGAGGAAACCUUUACAGAUGGCGUAUCUUAUGUAGAGGCGCGUAUCAACUUCAGCCCAAAGUACAUGAUUGGUUCUGACGGGGAAGAAAAUGUCCCACACAAAGAGUGGCUGAGCAUGUUCCAGGACGUCCUGGUUGAAUUCAACGGGAGCCUACGAGCACAAGGAAGAGAUGACGAGUUUAUCGGUGCUAAGAUCAUAUACACGGUGAUCCGGAACUGCGAGCCUGAGGAGUUGGAGUGGUAUCUCAACGACUGUAUAGAGAUGAAAAAGCUUUUCCCUGGUAUAAUUGCCGGUUUUGACCUCGUCGGGGACGAAAAUAUUCUUCGGCCACUCAAAGACUACCUCCCGCAGCUUCUUUCUUUCAGCACCCUGCAAACCUCUCAAGGACUCCCCGAACACCAUCAUAUCCCGUUCAUAUUUCAUGCGGGUGAAACCACUGGUGACGGAUCCAUAGCAGAUGACAAUCUAUACGACGCACUACUGUUGGGGACGAAGCGGAUCGGACAUGGGUUCUCGCUUGUGAAACACCCAAAGCUGAUGUCGAUGUGCAGGGAACGCGGGGUAGCGCUAGAAGUCUGCCCAAUUUCAAAUGAGAUCUUGAGAUUGACGGCAUCGAUGCCAAUGCAUCCUCUCCCAAUCUUGAUCAAUCAUGGUGUACCAGUGGCACUGAGCUCAGACGACCCAUCGCUGUUCCAGAACAUGGGUUUGAGCUUUGACUUUUUCCAGGUACUUGCAGCCAGCAACGUCACUGGCUUGCUCACGCUGGGGCAUAUCGCACGAGACAGUAUCCAGUACUCGAUGCUCACGGCCGAUGAAAAGGCGCGUGCGACGCUGAAAUGGGAGGAACGCUGGGAGCGUUUCGUGGAUGAGAUUGUUGAAUUUGACGGGGUGAAACGGAACUAA